UCUGUUUGCCACAAGAUCUGCGCAAUCACGAGUGGAAGUGGAUGAUUUCAUGUCCAUACCCAUGUCCAUGUGCGGCAUGUUUCUGUUGGUGGUGUUGGUGUCGAUGUCGAUGUCGAUGUCGCCUUGCACUCAGUGCAAUCGCACGCACUGCAACCCAACGGGCGGCGGUGGCACAGCUGCGAUUUCAGGGCCUCGCUGAGGGCGACACUGAUUCGCGACAAGGGUUCAGACAGCGGCGGCACAAUGCGGCACGCGCUUCCGCCCGCUCCUCUCAGUUCGGAGAGUCGACUCAGCGAGGAAAGUAGCACCAGUAUGCGACUGAGGAGCAGCAGACAGACAGUGCGAGUAUUUGGUACAGCAGAGAGUCACCAAGCUGUAAAAGGAGUCAACGAUUGCCCAACCCUCACAGAACUCAACGACGACUGCCUGCUGCUAAUAUGCGAGCGGCUCUCCAUUGACGACCAAUGGAGUCUCCUGCAGCUGGACGAGCGCCUGGGCCAGCUGGUGCUACGGAUCUGGUGUCGCAAAUAUGCCCAGCACUUCGACUGUGGCCGGGAGCAGCUAUUAAAGCGUCUAAGCGCCAAAGAGCAGAGUCAACUCCUGCAUCUGCUGAGUUCACGGACGAGGGCGCUUUUCAACCUGAAUGGCAGCAGCGGUGGCUGUCGGCAGUGGCUCAACCGGAAACGGAAAUGCUUGGCCCACAUGCAGAGGAUGAGCUUUGUGGAGAGCGGGGCAUGGGUGCUGCAUCGAUUGCCGGCAAUCUGCCCCAAUUUGGUGCACCUGCAGCUGGGCUUGGGCGAAGGAAUAACACCGGUGGAUCUCCACUUGCUCUUCGGACAGCUGAAACACUUGCGGGUGCUUGAGCUGCAGCCGGGAUGGAGCUGCCCUCGCCCCUGGACGGACAUCAAAUAUGGAGAAACGUUGGAAUCCCUGAAGUUGCCGGCGUGCCUGGUGCGUGCCACGGCUACGGAGAUAAUGCGACUACCCCGACUGCGCCGGUUGACGGGUUUCCUCUGCCACAAGCACACGGAUGAUGACAAAGCAAAUGCCGUUGGCAGCGAGGCAGCCGGCGCCACCAUCUCGGCCUGCCUCAAGGCAUUACAGGACAGUAGAGGACCUGGAAAUGGACACGGACACGGACACGGACACGAACCCCCUGCCUGUCAAAUUGUGGGACUCCAUUUGCAGUGUCAACUCGAUUCGAGCCUCCUACGUCUCAUGGUGGAAGCGGGCUCAGGGGACACCUUCCGCCUGCAUCGCUUUGCUUGGCACUCGCAGCUGACGGUGCACUAUGAUGUUUCGGAUGGUAGCAUCAAGUGGCUGCCACAGCAGCCGCGAGCCGCGCAUGCCCUGCUCCCCUUCCUCGCCGACCAGGCGGACAGUCUGCGUGAAUUGGAUUUCACGCGGAAUGUACAUGCCACGACCACGUUCCUCUCACUACUGAGGGAGCAGCAGAAGCAGCAGCAGCAGCGGCUGGGUUACGGCUACCUUAGGCUAAAGCUAUUGGCCAUUUCAGGACGAUCCUUUGAUCGAUAUGUAAAUCAGAACAACGGACAGAUCGAAAAAAAGAAAUACCAUCUAAAUGUCAAGCCCUACCUGUAA